ACUUUGCUAUCAUUCCAGUCACCGGUUACGAUUCUUAAACAGCUCGCAUAUUACCGUAAGCCCAGACACUCUCUCCAUUAUGUCAAAACUACUCACGAACGGUUCCUCCAUUCCGUGUCCGAGUCGGCCUCAGACGAAUCACUUCGGCCUGAUUUUCUGUCUUCUGGGGUUAUAUCUCGAACGAAGCCCGCGAACUCUUCUUGACCGUUACCACCAUCUGCUACUCAGACUGCACCAGUUCACGAUAUGGGACAGUUUUGGAGUGAAUGUCUACCGCCUCCUCCGACCUGGACGACGGCCGACAUUCCUGACUUGACGGGCAAAGUUGCGCUCGUUACGGGCGGCAAUACCGGUAUCGGCAAGGAGACCGUUCGCGCUCUGCUCGAACACAACGCUACUGUUUACCUUGCUGCGCGUAAUGCAGACAAGGCGAACGCCGCUAUCGCUGAGCUCAAGGAGGCUACCGGCAAGGAGGCGCGUUUCCUCAAGCUCGACCUUUCCGACUUGCAUGCUAUCAAGGCGGCCGCUGAGGAGUUUCUCAGUAAGGAGCGCCGCCUAGAUAUUCUGUUCAACAGCGCGGGCGUUAUGAUGACUCCUGUCGACCAGUGCACUGUUGACGGUUAUGACCUCCAGUUUGGCACGAACGUCCUGGGGCAUUUCUACUUCACCAAGCUCCUUCUUCCGGCGCUUCUUCCUCCUGAGGGAGCUGACCCUAAAUCUACCGAGCCGGCUAGAGUCAUUACUACCUCGUCUAUCGGCCACCGUCCUGGCCGCCUCGACUUCGGUACCCUGCGCGAUGGCCCACGCCGCCGUCGCAAGUGGACGCAGUCCCUAUACUUUCAGAGCAAGCUGGGUGACAUCCUGAUCGCCUCGGAGCUCCAGCGCCAGUACGGCGACAAGGGACUCGUCUCCAUCGCCGUCAACCCUGGCAACCUCGACAGUGAGCUCUAUCGGCAUAUGCCGAAGCUUACCGUGGCGCUUCUGCGUCCCUUCCUCUACCCGCCGCCGCUCGGUGCACUCACGCAGCUCUAUGCGGGCACGGCCCCGGAGGCGGCAAACCUUGGCGGAGAAUACCUCAUGCCUUGGGCGCGCCGCGGCAAGGCGCAGGCUCUCGCGCGUGACGAGCAGCUCGCACGCGAGCUCUGGAAGUGGUGCGAAGAGCAAGUCGAACAGAUUUGAGGGGCAUCGCAAAGCGAUAAAGCCCAUCAACCUGACUGUCAUCCGUAAGGGGGCCUUUGUAUGGAUGCUUAACGCACCGUAGGAUUCUUCUCUUCACUUUAACACAAACUAUCUCGAUACCCGUCGACUAAAUAUUUUCUUUCCUCGAAUGAGUGCUCGCGCUGCUCUUUCGUACGCACUACGGUCGCUCGCUGCCCAUACAACUCUCACGUUGACAUGACGGCGGAGAAGAGCGGCUGUCCUCAAGAUUGAGUACCGCGUACGUGCUUUGCUCUGCGGGUCGGCAUGUGUUACUCUGACGGACUCGCGCUUGAUGACGCUGCAAUGAAGUGACCCUUCAUACUGCC